AUGACGGAAAAUAAUCAACAUGCCUCUUCUAAGGCUAAAGAUGGGAAUCACAAUGGUAAUAAUAAACAAACUAAUUCAAUACCUAUAAAAGCAACAAUACGUGCCAUCUUAACUACAUUUUAUAUGAUUUUAAUUAUUUUAACUGUACCAAUUUCUUUCCAAAUUGGUGGGAUUUAUUGUGGACUUUCAUUCACAGUUACAUUAUUUAAUAUUUAUUGGAUCUUGACAAGUUUUAGUGUUUUUUUCAAAAAAAAUAUUGUCUUAAGUUCAAUUUAUUAUUUUCAACAUUUAUUAAUACCAAGUUUAUUAACUUUAUUUUUAUCAAUAUUUAAUAAUUCAAGUGAUGAAAUUUUAAAAAAUGAACACUUAAUUUUUUAUAAAUUUGUUUUGAAACCUUGGAAAUUAUUUAUUUUAAAUUCAACUCCAUUAUUUACAUUAUUAGAAGGUCUUUGUACUAUAUUAGCUAUCCAAAGUAUUGGACAAACAUUUAGAUGGUUAAAAUCAAAUAAAAGUGAAAGUUGGGUCAUUAUUAGUUUAUUGAAUUCAGGUGGUGUUAUUACAACUUCAUUAUAUUUCCUUUAUAGAAUUUAUUCAUCUCCAAUUGAAAUUGGUAUAAUUUCAGCUUCGUUAAUUGGUGCAAUUUUAACUUUUUGUUCAGGUUUAGGACUUUAUGGAAUAAUAAGUAAUAAAGGGUCUACAAUUGAAAGCUCAUUACUUUUUGGAUAUAUUGUUAGAUGUAUCUAUGAAACAUUCCCAGAGUUAUCAAAUUUAGCAUCAAGAGAAAUUGGAUUUUUGAUUUCAAGUGCAACAAAUCAAAUUAAACAAGAAAUUUCAAAUUUACCCAAAAUUAUUAUAAAGAAUGAUUCAAUUACGCAAUUUUUCACAAUUUUAACAUUAAAUGUUCCAAAUUCUUUUCAAACAAUUAUUGAAUUUUUAAUUGUUACAUCAAAGACAAUUACACCAUCAAUUUUAAUAAAUUUAGCUUAUAGAAUUGCAGUAUUUUAUUCAGCAACAAGAAUAAUACCAGCUUUGAAAAAUCCAGCACCAUCAACAAAAUCCAUGAGAUUAAUAUAUUUAUUUAGUCCAUGUAUUAUAAUUGCAGUUUAUACUCAUUUAAUGAUGCAAUAUUCUAAUGAAUUAGAUCAAGAAAUGUGUAUAUGGGGAUGGUGGGUAGAUUAUGGAAUUGGAUCUAAUUCAACUGGUGGAAUUGAUGAAAAAAUUAUUGUUCACCCAUGGCAAUUUUGGAAUUGGAUUAAUAUGUUUACAACUUUAGUUGUUUAUGCAUUUGAGUUAUUUGGUGAUCAAGAUGAAGAACAUUGGAAAGUGGAUUAG